UAGAAGCAGUCUAGACCCGCAAGCCACUGUGGCUUCGGGGACCGUGCCCGAGGCCGUAGCUCCAACAUACGUCACGCUCACAAGUCUAGGCACACACAGGACACAAUCCUGCGUCGAUUCCCCUUCUCCCCUCAACCCACAACACCGCCACUUAUAAAUAAGCCUUGAUCACCUUCAGGGAACUCCUCAUACCUCUUCUACCUUUCUUCCGUGCACUUCCGUCGCACACGACCCCGCCGACACAGAGAGACCUUCAGUCCCCGUGAGAACAGAGCUACGUUGCAAAUAUGACUCUCUACUACAGCCUUGUCUUUCUCCUCCUGGUAACAGAGAUGGCCAUCUUCUGUGCUCUCAUAGUUCCGCUGCCAUUCACCUGGCGCCGCAAGCUCUUCACGUUCAUUUCGGAAAGUCCCAUAGUGGCCAAGCUACAGUAUGGUAUGAAGAUCACAUUCAUCUUCAUACUCAUCCUCUUUAUUGACAGCGUCAAUCGUGUCUACCGCGUUCAGGUUGAGCUGUCAAGCUUUGGCGGCAACCCCCAGCAGGGAGGCAGACAAGCCAGCCUCGGCGGUAUUGAGCGUAUGGAAGUCCAGGCCCGCAAGUUCUACUCCCAGCGCAACAUGUACCUUUGCGGCUUCACCCUUUUCCUGUCUCUCAUCCUCAACCGCACAUACGUCAUGAUCCUCGACGUUCUCCGUCUCGAAGAGGAGCUCAAGACUUACAAGGGUGAGAGUGGCACCAAGAAGGGCUCGUCGCUCAAGGAUGUUGGUGGCGCUGGUGAGGUGGGCAAGCUCAAGAACGAGCUCGCCGCCAAGGACCGCGACAUGGAGAACCUGAAGAAGCAGGUUGAGCAGAUGCAGAAGGAGUACAACCGUAUGGGCGAUCAGGUUUCCAGCAAGUAGAUGGCAUCUGGCCGACUCCCCCGAAGCCUGUCAGAUGACGUCGCUAAACAGCUGGCGAUGCUAUUUCUGCGCAGCAUCAGGGGCCCUUUAACUCUCAAAACACGCUGGACGCAUUCGUCUUCGUCCAAGCCAGACUUCUGAGCGCCGUAAUUGGAG